AUGUAUAAAUAUAUUACAAUAAUUUUCAUUCUGUUCUUCAUCUACAACAGUUGUAAUGGAGAUGAAGACAUAUGCUCGCUGCCAUUAGAUAGGGGUUCGUGUACUGGAAGUUUCGUGAGAUACGGCUAUGUUGAAGGUCAAGGUUGCAUCGAGUUCUCUUACGGCGGCUGUAACGGAAAUGAAAAUAAUUUUGAGUUCCUAUCAGCAUGUAAACUCGCUUGCGGCGACUAA